AUGGCUGCAGUUGCCCCAAGUCAUUUCUCGCAUUCACCUGGAUUCUAUCAUCCUGCAAAGAUGGCAGAAUCUCGGCCUUCAUUCACUGCGGUCAACGGAGCUCCUACUGCAGCUCCUGCGCCCAAGCCUCUUCCCGUCGACCAUCAAGCGACAGAUGCUGCGAAAGAGCCUGCCCAAAACGUAAUUACGGAGCCAGCUCCAGUAGCAACAGAAGUGGCGCCAACGCCGAAUGGUGAUACUCGUGGAGAGCCCUCACAGGCAGAGAGAAGAGUAUCUCCGGCCCCGCCUUUGCCGUCGGCUCCAACUCCGACCUUGGCCUUGGCUUCUUCAUCUCAGCAAUCAAACCCACCUGCUGCAACGGAUCAACACCACUCCCCAUCCACGCAACACAUUGAGCGUCCUGAUGCGCCUCGCAUAUUACCUCCUGUGAAUCACGUGGAAGGACCACAUGUACAACCCUCACCAGCUGUGUUAAUGAGUCCGCAGAAAAGGAAACGGUCCCUGUCACGAGAACGCGAGAACCCACCAGGUCCUUUGCAAAAACAAGGUGGUCUGCCACAAAGCCCUGCUAGGCCGGAGAUGCCCAAUGGUGUGGAAAAUGGACCGUCUAGCGAAUCGUAUAGCCCUCGCCAGCAGUAUCCGCCCCCUCAAAAUUAUUACCAGCAGCCACAGACAGACGCGUACCCUCAAAACCCCCAACACUCAUACCCACCACCACCAGAACAGCCAGAAAACUCCACUGAAGCAUAUCCUCGAGCCAACGGCGUUGCGAGACAUGAUUAUGAGCCGCCACUAGAUCCAUCCAUCGCAUCGCAGCAAGAACGACCUUACUAUUCAGAAUCUCAUCUAGCCGAGGCUUUACAACGCGAAAAUCACAACUACGAUGCGAUGCCUGAGAGAGAGAGCUUUUCCCAAGCAGAGGAUGAAGAUGAUAACCCACCAGAACCACAAUACACGACGUACGGUGGAUCUCGUGAAGCUGGCACUGCGGACAUGGAUCGCAAGAGGAGAAAACGAGUAUUCAGUAACCGCACUAAGACUGGGUGUAUGACGUGCCGCCGAAGGAAGAAAAAAUGCGACGAACAGCACCCGGAAUGUAACAAUUGUCUCCGAGGCGGCUUCGUAUGUGAGGGAUACACCAUGCGAAACACCUGGCAAAAACCAACGAACACUAAACAACCAAUUCCACUUCAAUCGAAAAAUGGCUACCCUUCACAGGAAAGCACACCUACAAGAGCUCCUUACCCGCAGAUGAGCCGCUAUCAAGAGAAUAGUCUGGACUAUUCUCCCGCAAGUCAACAACAGCCGGCCUUGCAAAGUCGACCAUCAUACGAUAGCAAACGAGAUUCAAUCAGCGAGCACGAUAGUGUAUAUGGAAGGACCACUCCCCCUUCACAAAACAUGCAGCCAGCUUGGUCAAAAAACCCUGCCGGGCGUCCGUACCCAAGCAAUCCGCCAGCAGCGUCAAAGUACCAGGGCGACGAGCACCGCAAUUCGAUAUACGAGACAAGACCAGAAGAGCGUGAUCCCAAUGCAAUGCCGCCACCUCACGUAGAUCGAACAAGCUCAACGUCCUCGCAAUACUCGCAAAGAGCACAUACCUUAAAUCACAACAGUACACCUCCAAAUCAACAUGCUCAAGCAGCCGCUCAAGCAGCAUUGACUCAUCCUGCCGCAUCUCGUCCUCCGACUGCCCAAAGCCAAACUCAGCAGCUCACCGAACGUGGAAAGAUGUUGAAGGGUUUGUACUACUUCCCAAACACGCCUGCUCUCACAGAAGAUCGUGAGCGCUGUAUCGCAGCAAUCUGGAGGUUCAAUAACGCGACCAACCCAUCCCAUGGGGCCAGCCCAGAGGAGCGUACUCGUCUUUUCCGUCAAAUACUAGCGCUACGUCCGAGCCCGGAGCCGCCGCUUUCAAAUGGUGAAGCUCCGCCGACAAAUUACACCUUGCCCUUUGGCAGCUGCGGCGAGCGCGUAGUGGUUGACGCGCCAUUUCAUUGUGAUUAUGGCUAUAACAUCACCAUUGGAGAUGACGUUCUCAUUGGACCGGACUGCCGCAUUUCAGAUACUUGCUCCGUCACGAUUGGGGCAAGGUCGAUCUUGAGUCCUAAGGUUAGCCUCAUUUGUGCAACCUAUCCCAUCGACCCAAGGCGCAGGCAAGGUAGUAAUGGUCCUGCUCUUGGAAGGAACAUUGUGAUUGAGGAGGACUGCUGGGUCGGUGCUGGUGUGACGAUCCUCGCUGGUGUUCGGGUGGGCAAGAGUAGCACCGUUGGCGCAGGCAGCCUAUUACAUCAGGACGUCCCAAGGUUCACUGUUGUUGCUGGCAACCCGGCCAAAACACAUUCAGACUACAUUGAAGUCAUCACGCCUUCAGAUGAGGACCCUCGGGGGACAAACCUCCACUCCCACUAUAUGCCUGGCUCCGCCAACAAUUUCGUCGUCAACAAUCUCGGUAGUGCAAUGCCAGCACAUCAGGUAGAGAAGCCUUUCUUAAAAAAGAAUGGGGCUACUUUGAACAACACGCUAAACCGUAAGAAUCAACAACGGUGCGUCGACGAAGUAAGUAGGAAUGGGAAAGCGAAACCUCCUUAG